GCAGAUAUUACAGUGGGGGGAUGGAGGGUGACAACAGUGACAAACAGGCAGUUUCUGGGUGGGGGAGCUGCUGAAAUACGACAUCCAGGAAAAACAGUCGCUUAACAGCCGUUUAACAGCCACAUUUAUCUUAAGUUACUGAAGGAAACGGAGAGAAUUAGCCGGACUUGUUGACGCCGGGAGGAAAGUUGGGCUGUGAAACAGCUGUGAGAGUCAGAGGCGACAACUCAAGAGGCAGAAACAACUGAGAAAAAAGAGUUUUUAAGGCUUCACUAGGGGAUCGGCCCCUUUGAAAGCAGCAGGGAGGAGAGCAGGGACAGUCAGCAGUGAGCAGAUAAACCAAGGAGAGUCAGAUAGAGCAGGAAGAUGGCAGAGGAAGAAGAGAAAGACAUGGCUCAGCAGACCAACCAAACCCAAGUGCCUAUUCCGUGUACCGCGGGCUGUGGCUUCUACGGCAACCCCCGAAACAACGGCAUGUGCUCCAUCUGCUACAAAGACUCUUUACAAAGACAGAACUCCAGCAGCAGAGUCAGCGACCCAGUGUCGACUAGAUUCAGCACUUUAGGAGAAUCACUCUCAACACAGUCCAACACAGUCACGGCUUCGUCAGCACUACAGCUAAACAGUCAAAGCAUCGUAACAGCAACAGAAAGAGCACAAGAGGAGCUGACUUCAGGAGAAGCCCAGGAUGAGCUAAAAACAGAAGAAGUUGCAGGUCCCUCUAACAGUGCAGAGGUAGCUAGUGUUCAGGAGAGAGUUACCAUGAGUGAGAUGUCAGGAUCAUUUGGAUCAUCAGCAGAGGUCCUAGGUAGGGUAAGAAAGAGAAAACUGGAUGAAGUGCUUCAGCUAGAUGGAGAAGGUGCCUCGGGAUCAUGCGUCUCAGUGCAGUCUUCUGCCCCUGUAGUGGAGAACUCUAAACCAAAAAAAAAGCGCUGCUUCAUCUGUAACAAGAAACUGGCCUUAACUGACUACAACUGCCGGUGUGGGAACUAUUUCUGUGGUGUUCACCGAUGCACUAUUGACCACAACUGCCCCUACGACUACAAAGCUGAAGCGGCUGAGAAAAUCAGGAAGGAGAAUCCCGUCGUUGCUGGAGAGAAGAUACAGAAGAUCUGAGCUGUGGCUUGUCAUGGACAAUCCUUUUUCUCCACUUAUCUCCUCUUGCAAAUUUACCACUGGGACUCUGAACAAUUAAACCAUCACAGACCCUUCA